UCCCCUUUAGUUUUGACUCAUACACUUUCCUUAGGACACACAGAACACAAACACGUUCCUGUAAGAAAACACAAUACACUUAUAAUUCCAACACUUUUGUUUCGUUGGUUAAAUUCAAGAAAUAGUGUUCCGCCAUUGCCAUGGAUGAAGUAGUGCAGUUCGACAAGGGAGCCUUCCUUGAGGGGUACCUUCUGAAGCACAAGGAGCUGGGCAAGCGGCAGCGGGAAUACAAGAAGAUCCUUUCUAGCAAGCUCAAGUCUCGUAAGGAGACCAUCAUCGAGGCUAGUUACGAGACGGCCAUAGACCAGCUGGAGGAGGAGAAGAACGACCUGAGGGCCCAGAUUUGGGUGGCCAGUGGAUCCACCCACCAGAAAGGUAACGAGCGUUACUUGGAGCACAUCCGUUGCCACGUUGAGUGCCAGGAGACUCUCUCGGAGAACAUCAACUCCCUGAAGACCUCCAUCUAUAAUAUGGACCGUGAAAUCAGCCGCAUGGACAAGCAGAUCUACAAUCUGAAUCGCCUGACAGUUCCCGACUCGCAGCACCAGGCGUAUGUGCGGAAGGCUCGGAAGAGGCUGACCAUCUUGGAGAACUCACUGGAGGUGGGCAUGAGACAGGAGUGUGGCUUCACGGCGGCCAACGCGGAUUUGCGCGAGCAGCUCAUCCGCAUCCUCAACCACCGCACCUUCUUCAACGAUUCCUACACCAAAAUGGUGCUCAAGCUGAACAGCGACAAGAAGUAUCUCAUCGAUUUGAUCGAGUACGCCCUGAACACCUUCGACGGGUGCAUUGAGGUGUACGAGAAGAUCGAUAUUUUGGCCAAGAGGGAGGCAAAGGAGAGGGAGCUGCGGCGGGUGGAGAUGCAGGGCAUCAUGCGGAAAGUGGCCGCCGAUGAUGACAACUCGGCCUUCCUCCAGUGCAAAUCCAAGGCGCGAGAGCUGGCCGACCUCCAGCCCAAGGAGUACAAGCGAAGGGACGAGUUCCGGCGGCUGCAUAACAAGAAAAUCAAUCUAUACAACUCUGUGUUGCAGAAGAUCCUGGAGUACACAGACUCCAACAAUGUGGAAGAGGUGAUCGGGAAGUUCCAGCAGCAGGAGAGUCUCUACUAUUCGUUCUUCAACUAUGCAAACGAGAUGAGCUACCAUAUCACACUGCUCAACAACUCCGUAAACCGACUCUUCGAGGAUAUAGUGGCUUUGAAAAAGGACAAUACCAACACCCUCCAGGAGCAGCUAGACCAGAUCACUACUCUGGAAGGAAAGGUGCGCACCAAGCAGGAAUCCAACCUAGACUUGCAAAAGACCCGGGAAAGCAACGAUGCCCGCUUGGAGAAUCUACUCCAGGGCGUGGAGACCAUCUGCGAAAUGUGCUCCAUCGACAUCGCCCCCCUGACAAAGCUCCUCGGCGACCACACCCACGUGAGCCUUGUUAAUGUCAACCGGUUCUGCCGGCUCCUCGAGCAGAGGAUCCAAGACAUAACAGCCAGCGUUUAUGUGAUGGAGCGCCAGGACGAUGCACGUUUCGAUUACGUGGUCAAGCAGAUCGAGAAGAUAUGCGAGCUGCCCACGGAUCUCAACGACAUCGUCCUGACGCAACAGUGUCCCGAGUGCGCCGAGGGCGAGGCCUUCAACAUGGACGACGGUGGCGAUGGGGUUCUCGUUCACUCGGUCACCGAGGCCAAGAAGAAGCUCUACGAGAAGGUGACCCAGCCGGAAAUGCAGUACCGCCUCCACAGCAUCAGCCAGUGCCGCCUGCCACGCUCUCGCCUUCUUGCCGCCAAGCGACAUAUGUAACUUGACUGGGAUCCUGGCUCUUGGAAUGGGCACUGUCAUUCCUUUUGGUUAAAUCUCCAAA